UGCACUGAAUGACGCGAGGGGAUGGUUGCAAGGUAGAGCCGUGCGCUGCAGAAAGCGCCGGGAGGGAGCCCACGCUGCCGCUGCUCACCAUAGCAUUGGUGUGAAACUAACUAACGUCAAUGUUACUGCCUCAGCACUGAGAAUCAUUUCCGCAUUUUAACCCCAGCUGAAAUGGCACCUUUCCUGUCGGGGAACGCAGGCUGCUGAAAAACGGAAGUGAAAAAACGACCCGGAGUGUAGAAAUUACAACUUCUGAGAUCAGUGCGGCAAGUCCACGCUGGGAGACUGGAAGCAAGUGUUUGCCUUUUGCUAUAUUUGGCAGUAAAAUUUCCUGUUUAAUCCAAGCGCUUCCAUCUGAUUACUGCGACCGUCAACGGUAACGAGGUAAAGGUUUCUGAAUCGCUGGACUGAUGCUACUUGAGGAAAUCUUUAAUAUCCAUUCCCGGAUGUUAAGAAAAAUAAUUGUUUGCCAAGGAUAACUCUGAAGCACUUAAAACAAUACAUUCUUUAAACUGAAGAAUCAUGCUCAGCACAAUUGACGAAGAGCACAUGGUCGGUUGGAGCAUCAGAACAAACUGGGAAGAGUAACCACUUCCCCCACCACCAACCCUCCUCUCCCUGCCCCUCCCCCCCCCUCCCCCCAACCCCUCCCCACCCUCUUCUUUUACAACAGAAAAAAACGCUACACAGAAUGCAAAUGAAUGAACAGCCUUUUUCGCCAGACAAUAAACAAACUGUUUUAACAGAGAGCCCAGAGUCGCCAUGCUGUAAGCUUUGAACUGCCAACAUCUUACCUUAAAAAGGAAAACUUGGAAUUAUAACAAUGCCAUCCAGAGGGAAGUACUUUAUUAAUGAAAAUGAAACUCGUCGAAGAACAGACUCGCUCUUUGAGACUUAUUUUUGUAUAACCCAGCAAUUCCCACUUGUGUUCCUUUUCCUACUGAUUAUUACUGUGGCUUGUAUAGCUCUGAUUAUCGUCUUCUUUGCCAUUGGACUGACAGUUCUGAAUCAUCUUCGCUUUUUUGUUACAUUAUGCACUGCCCUGGGGAUAUUUGUAGUGAUUUUUGUUCUAGUCUUCAUUGAAUCGUUAUUUCAAAGAUGCAUGAAGAUAUUUGCGUUGUUUAUUUGGCUUUGCCUUCUUACCAUGGGGUAUAUUUUUAUCUUUACUGGUGAAUGUAUCUCCGCUUGGGACCAGGUGCCAUUCUUUUUGUACAUUGUCUUCGUUUUAUAUACAAUGCUGCCAUUAUCUAUGCGGGAUGCCAUCAUUGCCAGUCUCCUGUCAUCUGUCUCUCAUGUAGUUACUCUCAGUAUUUAUCUCUCAACUGUACCUAAACCACCAAUCUACCUUGCUCAUCAGCUGAUCUCCAAUGCUGUGAUAUUUUUGUGUGGUUGUUUGGUUGGCUUUUUUCAUAAAUUUUCAAUGGAACGUGCCCUGGAGCAAACUUAUGAGGAUACUUUGCGCUGUAUCCAAAUAGGGAUGCAGUUGGAUGUGAAGAAGAAGCAGCAGGAAAGCCUGCUGCGAUCUGUGUUGCCUGUUUAUAUAUCUAUGGAAAUGAAACUAGCUAUUAUUGAGCGUUUGAAAGAAAAUAACUACUACCCACAUAAGCGUGAUAAUUUCCACAGCUUGUAUGUGAAAAGACACCAGAAUGUCAGCAUCCUGUAUGCAGAUAUUGUGGGUUUUACCCGUCUGGCGAGUGACUGUUCUCCCAAGGAGCUGGUUGUCAUGCUGAAUGAACUUGGGAAGUUUGACCAAAUUGCUAAGGAGAAUGAAUGUAUGAGGAUUAAAAUACUGGGUGAUUGCUAUUACUGCGUCUCAGGACUUCCGUAUCUUUACCAAAAACAUGCAAAGAAUUGUGUUAAAAUGGGACUUGACAUGUGCGAAGCUAUCGAGCAAGUCCGGGAUGCAACAGGUGUAGAGUAAGUCAGUAUGCGAGUUGGUGUACAUUCUGGCAAUGUACUGUGUGGUGUAAUUGUGAGGAAGUGGCAGUAUGAUGUUUGGUCACAUGAUGUAACCUUAGCCAAUCACAUGGAAUGGGGAGUGCCUGGUCGUGUACAUAUCACCGGUGCAACACUGAGCUAUUUGCAUAAGGCCUAUGAAGUUGAAGAAGGAAAUGGACACCAAAGAAAUGCCUACCUCAAUGAGCUGAAGCUCAAAACUUACCUAGUCAUUGAUCCAAGGACUAAGCAGCAAAGCCCGAAGAGUCGGCACCUACCGAAGCCAAGACAUGUUAAUGAUGGACUGAAAAUGAGAGCAUCCGUCCGCAUGACGAGAUACUUGGAGUCAUGGGGUGCAGCAAAACCAUUUGCCCACUUUCAGCAACGAGAAAAUGUUAGCACUGAUAUUUCAGCACCAAGUGGAAAGAUCAGGAAGGAAAUCCCAAUGCAUUCCCUUGGAAUUCACAGGACAUUAGAUCGAAACAAAUCACAAAAAAGACGAUUUGAAGAGGAACUGCGUGAAAAAAUGAUAACAACAAUCAAUGGGAUAAAUUCACACAAAGAAUCAAUUAAAUGUGGUAUCUUUGCCCAUAUGAUGCCUUCUUUCAGUGUAAAGGGUCUAGAAAAAGCUUACCGUUCAGUCUGUCUUCCUUCUUUGAGGUAUUAUGCUGGUUGUGCCAUGUUAAUAUUCAUUUGCAUACUUGUGAUCCACUUGCUUGUUAUGCCACAAAAAAGAACACUGGGAAUAUCAUUUGGAAUCGCUGCCUUUAUUCUUCUGAUAAUUCUUUUCAUUUGUUUUGCUGGUCAUCUGACGCUCUGGAAGAAUUGUUCAUCUUCAAAUCCAUUCGCUGGCAUCUCUGAAACUAUUACAAAGAAACCACUGUUACGGCUACCACUGACUCUCAUUGUCAUUAUUGUUGUAUUGGUCAUUUCAGUUUUGAACUUGUGUUCCAUGCCAGAAGUGCACAAUAAGACAAAUGAGACAAGCUACCCUCUUCAUUACUUACAAAAUAAGACACAUGCAACAGGGAAUGAGAAUUACUAUCUUCCUUAUUAUGUGUGCUGUUGUAUCCUGGGACUCAUCACCUGUUCAGUCUUCCUCAGAAUUAGCUUUGAACUGAAAGCUCUCCUCUUAAUUAUUGCCUGUGUGGUUUAUAACAUAAUUUUCCUGAAGAAUUAUGUUUCCUUGUUUGACGACUACAGGCUAUUUCUCUAUGGCAGUGAGAAUCCAAGUCCCAUGAAAAACCCGAAGAUUAUGGGUAGCUUUUACCUCUUCCUGUUUGGACUUACACUGCUGUUUUUAAUAAAACAGAAUGAAUAUUAUUGUAGACUAGACUUCCUAUGGAAGAAUAAAUUUAAAAGGGAGAGGGAAGAAAUUGAGACCAUGGAAAACCUGAAUCGUCUUUUAUUGGAAAAUGUUUUGCCAGGACAUGUUGCUGAGCACUUCAUUGGUGAAAACAAAAAGAAUGAGGAUUUGUAUCAUCAGUCUUACGACUGUGUUUGUAUCAUGUUCGCUUCCGUUCCUGACUUCAAAGAAUUUUACACAGAAUGUGACGUAAACAAAGAAGGACUUGAGUGCCUCAGGCUAUUAAAUGAAAUAAUAGCAGAUUUCGAUGAGCUUUUGUCAAAACCAAAAUUCAGUGGUGUUGAAAAGAUCAAAACUAUUGGGAGCACCUACAUGGCUGCUGCGGGUCUUAGUACUGGCACAGGUCAAGAAAAUAAACAGGAUAGUGAAAAGCCUUGUGCUCACAUUGGCAUCAUGGUAGAAUUUGCCACUGCUCUAAUGAGUAAAUUAGAUGGCAUCAACAGACAUUCUUUCAAUAAUUUCAAGCUACGUGUUGGCAUAAACCAUGGGCCUGUGAUUGCUGGCGUCAUUGGAGCACAGAAGCCUCAGUAUGACAUAUGGGGGAAUGCAGUUAAUGUUGCUAGCAGAAUGGAAAGUACUGGUGAACUUGGUAAAAUCCAGGUGACAGAAGAAACUUGCAAUGUUUUGCGACAACUAGGAUAUUCUUGUGAAUCUCGAGGACUAAUCAGCGUGAAAGGGAAAGGGGAUUUACAGACUUACUUUCUGUGCACUGACAUUAACAAGUCACACUGAAUCCUGAACUGACCACAUACCAAAUCACUCACACUGAAUGCAAAACGGACUACUGAGUUCAAGUAGCAGGAAGUGAUAUUUCCAUUCACCAAAAGAUUGCCAGUUGCACUGUAGGCAUUUAUAUAUUUUUUACAAAAAGUGACAGCAAUAAGUGUUAUUUUCAAAUAUGAAAUUGAAAAACACAUGAUUAGUACUGAGGUGACUUUUUAUUUAAAAUUUUGAGAUACAAGAGCUUGUUAAUAACUGUGUAGUUGAUUUAUGAUUUCUUAAUUUGGUGAAAACACAUCAAAUUCCACUGCCUAUUGUAAUAUGGCCAAACUUGGAAAAUACAUUCAGUCCAAUUGUACAUAAAUUGUGGCAGUAAUUCCUUAUGCAUGUUUUAGGUCUGAAUUAUAACUUACAUAUAAAUUGUUACACAUAUGGAUUGCAAAACUGUAAAUGCCUGUGCCAAGGAAAAUGUUUGUAUAUUUUUUGGACUUUAAAACUGAACAAAUGCAUUGUCAACAGGAUUGUACUUGUCUGAUUAGCAGAGUUGUUACAUUACAUAGAAAUGCUCUUAUCUGUGUUCACCUUUUAAAAUAGUUUUGAGAGUUAUAAACUGUAAGCAUAGUUGUAAGCAUAGUGCUUAUUAACAGUUAUUACAAAAUUCAAGGCUGUCUUCAUUUAUAUUCAUUUCUCCAUUAUUGUUUACCAGUUUUCAGGCAUAGUGCUAAAGUCAUGAAUGGACUUCUUUGCUUCACAAGAUCAUGUUACCAUAGCUAGAUCAUUACAAGUGUUUAAAGUGAAGGUAGAUAAAUUUUUGAAAGAUCAGAAAAUUGAGGGCUAUGAAGAAUUGGCACAGAAAAGGAAUUGAAGCCAGCAUAGGUUAACCAUGAUUAUAAUAAAUGGCAGGGCAGGAAGCUUAUUCCUGCACCCAUGUUCUUGUGUACCACGGUUUGCAUUUUCAUAAUGCUGCUCCCUUAAAUUUUCUACAAAAACAUUGUGUCUCAGCAUACAAAAACUAUUCAAGCAACGCUUUAUUGACCCUUGAUGUUAGUGCAAUGUUGCUCUCUGACCAAUUACUGUGUAAUUUCUUUAACAGCAGUGUCCAAAAAUGUUUCAUGACUGAAACAGCAUUGUAGAAUUUAAUAUGUGAUCUUUUGUCAGCAGUGAAGUUUAUUUUGUGUAAUAUGUGAUUAUUUGACUUCAGAGUGAACUCAUGCAUUUUAUAAUGUGCAUGAUUCUAAAUUACUGUAUAACCAACUGUCUAUAACUAUAAUUACUGUGUAACUAUUAACCAGUCUUUUAAAACUAAAAUAUAGUUGAUAAUUCUGGUACAGUCUUUUACCUUUGCCACGGAAUUUUUCCAAAGUUUUGUUGAGGAACAGCCUUAAAUUGUUAAGCACUGUAAAUGUAUAUCACAGAGUUGAAGAAAAUAUCAUCUUCAAUUUACUUGCUUUAUUUUGUAUUUUAAUACCAGCUCAUUAAUUCUGGCUUUGACGAUCCAAGUGGAUAUCGCAACUGAGAUGAUGACAAUUGAGUCAGCAUUAAACAAUUCUCGUGAAGUAUGCACUGUAUUUUAGGAAAAGAACAAAACUUAAUGGAUUUUUAAAUUUUCUUCAACUGUUGACAUAAAAGUACAAGGCAAACUGUUUAGUAGUUUUUUUGUCAUUUUCUAUGCUGCAUCAUUGGUUGUUUAUGGGUGAAGUGCAUAUUUGUGAAUACUAGUGAAGAAACAAAAACUUUUCUGGUAAUUUUCAGGAAAUAGGUUACAAUAAAUCAGAUCUGUAACAGUACAAGUUGUCUUAAGUUAUUGAUAUUCAGGGGAAUUAGGAUAAAGAUUAAUUGACUUUGAAUACGCUUAAACAUUAGAUAUUCCACAACAGCAACAUGUAUAGAUAGUAUCAUUAACAUACAUAACAAAUCCUUGGGUAUUUCACAGGAGAUCUAGCAAACAAAAUGUUAUAUUGAGUGUGAUAAGGAGAUAAUGGUGGUGGAUCAAAAACUUGGUCAAGCUAUAAAGAAAGAUACAGAAAGAAAUAGAUGUGAAUAGUCAUUUGCAGGGAGCCAAGGGCCUUGGCAGCUGAAGGCAUGGCCAUUGGUUAAAAUUGGGAACACGCAAGAGGCCAGAAUUGGAGGAGCCUGGAUAUCUUGGAGAGUUGUAGGCCAGGCAGAGGUGAUUUGGGUGAGAAGAAGAGAGAUCAUCAAGGGAUUUGAAAAUUAGGAUUAGUAUUUUUAAAUUGAGGCAUUGUUUUGAUGGAAGCCAUUAUAAAUGGCCACAGUGAUGAUCGGUGAAUGGGAUAUAGGUGGAAUUCAAACAUCUUAAAACUUAAGUUGUGGAUUCCUUUGCCAUACCAAAGAUGACUGACCUAACUGGUGCAUCAUUUAGUAAUAUCCUUCUAUUUCAACAAUUCCUAUUCUGUCUUUGCAGGAUGUUUCCCUAUAUUGAAAUCCAUCUGUGCUAUUUUGCUCCUGUGAGGAUAAGACAGUGAGAGCAAUUUUAACUCCUCCCACCCAGGCGGAAUGUGGGAUCUGGUUGAAAGGUUGCUGCAGAGUACAUGCUGCACCACCUCCACUGGGAAGCAGCAGAACAAAGUGCUUUCACAUCUUACAGCAAGAAAUGUAAACACAACAGCUACGGGAUCCUCGCUGGUCAUGGCAAUAGCUUGUUCAGGCUGUGGCAACUCUGUAAUUUCCAUCUCCUCCAUUUGGUUGCUGGUUUUGGCUCC